GCCCAGGACGGAGCCCGGCCAGCAGGUGCCCAUGGCCGGAGCCGCGAUGGCCGAGACGGGGCGUGGGCCGCCCGCCGCACCCGCGCCGGGCACCGAGGGGCUGCCGCGCGCCUUCCUGCAGAGCCUGCGCACCCUCUUCGACAUCCUGGACGACCGGCGGCGCGGCUACGUGCACCUGCGCGAGAUCGAGUCCCGCUGGCAGGGCACCGACGCGCGCGAGCUGCCCCGCGGCGUGCUCCAGGGCCUGCGGCAGGUGGCCCCGGCCAGCGGCUACCUCACCUUCGAGCGCUUCGUGGCCGGCCUGCGCACCUCGCUGCUGAGCGCCGACAGCGGGGCCAGGAGACAAGCCAGCCCCUUCCCCGACACAGCUCGAGGCCACGAGGGCGAAGGGGCCGGUGCAGUGGCCGGCAGGGCUCGGGAGCUAGGCGUGGGGGGUGCCCAGCGGGGCCCCCAUGCCCGAGGGGAGCGUCGGAGGCACACCAUCACCAGUGGUGUGGACUGUGACCUGCUGAAGCAGAUGAAGGAGCUGGAGCAGGAGAAGGAGGUGCUGCUGCAGGGUCUAGAAAUGAUGGCGCACGGCCGGGACUGGUACCAGCAGCAGCUUCGGCGCGUGCAGGAGCGCCAGCGCCGCCUGGGCCAAAGCAGGGCCAGCACUGACUUUGGGGCUGAGGGGAGCCCCCGCCCACUGGGACAGCUGCUACCCAAGGUACAGGAGGUGGCCCGGUGCCUGGGGGAGCUGCUGGCUGCGGCCUGUGCUGGCAGGGCUCUGCCCUCAUCCUCAGGGCCCCCAUGCCCAGUCCUGGCCCCCGCCUCGCCUCCGGCACCAGGCUGGCAGCAGCAGACCAUCCUCAUGCUGAAAGAGCAGAACCGGCUCCUCACCCAGGAGGUGACCGACAAGAGUGAACGCAUCACGCAGCUGGAGCAGGAGAAAUCCGCCCUCAUCAAGCAGCUGUUUGAGGCCCGUGCCCUCAGCCAGCAGGAUGCUGGGCCUCUGGACUCCACCUUCAUCUAG